AUGGACAGGAAUAGUUCGCGUCUUGUUCUGGUGGAUAAUGAUUUCCUGGACAGUGAAAGUGGAGGUGAAUCAUCGUCGGGGUAUGAAUCCAGUGACUCUACAAAUAUAAAUUCAAGCUUCGCCCCUUCUCACCGGGCGCAUCUCUCAUCUCAGAACCAAGUGAUGAUCUUCAAAAGCACAGCAGGCCUUCAGGAUAGCCUCGCUUUCAUUCUCAGCAUGCCCGAGUUGUGCGACGUGACUUUUCUUGUCGGUAAAGAUCAAGUUCCGGUUCAUGGAGUCAAAGCCAUUGUAGCAACUCGUAGCAGGUCUUUGUAUCAGCUGGUCCUGCACCAUCAAAGACAGUCUGAGUUGAUGAAGACAACCAAGAAGAGAUUCAAGAAACAGAAACCCUCUCCCUACCCAAACACGCUCGUCAUCCACGUCCUUGACUACGAGGUGGAGACUUUCAGAAGGUUCAUCACCUUUGUCCACUCGGGCAAGGUCAAGGUUGACGUCAACCAUGUUGUCGGUCUUCUUUGCGCAUCAGAAGAGUUUCAACUUCCUGAUCUCCGCACUGCUUGCAAGGACUUCAUAGACAGAUGUCAAGGUCAUGGACAGAGGAAAAAGCUUGGAGAAACAGCCACACAAUAUCUUCAAAAAGUACCUGCUUCAAAGCUGCUAGCCAAGGAUAGAAAGCCAUCAUGUACAGCCUUCAUUGCCAAACAGCCUCGCAUUCCUUUUUUCAAACAGCUGGAAGAACUUCCGUCUUCUUUUUGA